AACCCCGCAGGAAAUCGGGGCGGGCCCCCGGCCUGGUGUGGCGGGAGGAGGAGCAGGCUUGCCGCGGGGAGAGGAGUCCAGGAGGGCCUGGCAACAGGGGAAUGAAGCCUCCGCCUUCUCGGGCAGAAGCCUUUAAAUACGGGCCCAGGCCCGGGACUUUCGUUGCAGGGAGAGGAGACCUGGCGGAGCGGCUGCAGUGCGGCCCAGAGGGAGGAGCUGUCCGAGCCGUGGGGACCGGGGUGGAAGCCGCGCUCGGCGCUUGGAAGGGGUCCAGUCAUGUUUGAAAUUAAGAAGAUCUGUUGCAUCGGUGCGGGCUAUGUUGGAGGACCCACGUGUAGUGUCAUAGCUCAGAUGUGCCCUGAAAUCACGGUAACGGUUGUUGAUGUCAAUGAAUCAAGAAUCAAUGCAUGGAACUCUCCUACGCUCCCUAUUUAUGAGCCAGGACUAAAAGAAGUGGUAGAAGCCUGUCGAGGAAAAAAUCUAUUUUUUUCUACCAAUAUUGAUGAUGCCAUUAAAGAAGCCGAUCUUGUAUUUAUUUCUGUGAACACUCCGACAAAAACCUUCGGAAUGGGGAAGGGCCGUGCAGCAGAUCUGAAGUACAUUGAAGCCUGUGCUAGACGCAUUGUACAAAACUCACAUGGGUACAAAAUUGUGACCGAGAAAAGCACGGUUCCUGUGAGGGCAGCAGAAAGUAUUCGUCAAAUAUUUGAUGCAAACACAAAACCCAACUUGAACCUACAGGUUCUGUCCAACCCUGAGUUCUUGGCAGAAGGAACGGCCAUCAAGGACCUGAAGAACCCAGACAGAGUACUGAUUGGAGGGGAUGAAACCCCAGAGGGCCAGAGAGCUGUGCAGGCACUGUGCGCUGUGUAUCAGCACUGGGUUCCAAAAGAAAAGAUCCUCACCACUAAUACUUGGUCUUCAGAACUUUCCAAACUGGCAGCAAAUGCUUUUCUUGCCCAGAGAAUCAGCAGCAUUAACUCUAUAAGUGCCCUUUGCGAAGCAACAGGAGCUGAUGUAGAAGAGGUGGCAACAGCCAUUGGAAUGGACCAGAGAAUUGGAAAUAAGUUUCUGAAAGCCAGUGUUGGUUUUGGUGGGAGCUGCUUUCAAAAGGAUGUUCUGAAUUUGGUUUAUCUUUGUGAGGCUCUGAAUCUGCCUGAAGUAGCUCAUUAUUGGCAACAGGUCAUAGAUAUAAAUGACUACCAGAGAAGGAGGUUUGCUUCCCGGAUUAUAGAUGGUCUGUUUAAUACAGUGACUGAUAAGAAGAUAGCUAUUUUGGGGUUUGCAUUCAAAAAGGACACUGGUGAUACAAGAGAAUCUUCUAGUAUAUAUAUUAGCAAAUAUUUGAUGGAUGAAGGUGCACACCUCCAUAUAUAUGAUCCAAAAGUACCAAGGGAACAAAUAGUUGUGGAUCUGUCUCAUCCAGGAGUUUCAGAGGAUGACCAAGUGUCCCAGCUUGUGACCAUUUCUAAGGACCCAUACGAAGCAUGUGAUGGUGCCCAUGCUGUUGUGAUUUGCACCGAGUGGGACAUGUUUAAGGAGUUAGAUUAUGAACGUAUCCACAAAAGAAUGCUGAAGCCAGCCUUCAUCUUCGACGGGCGGCGUGUCCUGGACGGGCUCCACCAGGAACUGCAAACCAUUGGCUUCCAGAUUGAAACAAUUGGGAAGAAGGUGUCUUCAAAGAGAAUUCCAUAUGCUCCUUCUGGUGAAAUCCCAAAGUUUAGUCUUCAGGAUCCACCGAACAAGAAACCCAGAGUCUAAAAAUUGUCAUUUUUACUUGUAAUUUUUUUGGUACUUCAGGAUAGGAAAUAUCUAUCUGAUAUCUAAUGGUAAAUGAACCAAGUGUUUUUAAGGAAAGAAUACUAUUUUUUUAAUAUUCAAUUUAUAUUAGCUCUGUGAGAAUCAGCAUAUCUAGUAAUUAUGAAUCUAGAAUAUUUUUUACAUAUUUUUAUAAUAUUGUUACCUCAGUGGUUGGAUGAGUGGGAAAUGAUCAUGUUGGCUUUAAUGGUGUCGAUUUUUGUAAAGCAAAAAUUAAACUUCUAACACUUUUUACUUUACAAAUUACCCAUAGGCAGCAUUUUAAUGUCAUAUUAUAAAGGGAAAGGCACUCUUCGGUUUUUCUGAUUAUCGGUUUGAUUUUAUUUUAAAUCACAAAAUUGCUGUGCUAAUUACUGGGCAACCCUAACCCUGUUAACCUUUCAGACAGUGCCGUGGAGGUUCUGGCUUCAUUGGGUAAGGUGCUUUCCACACCAUUUCUUGUCUCGAUGACGGUUUCUUAGGAGGAGGAUGCAUUGGACAGAAUGGGGCCUUUUGUGCUUUUUCUUUUUAUUUUGCUUCUAAUAUUUGUCCUGUGCUUCUGUGUUAGAAAUAACCCUUUUGUCUAAUGAGCUGUGUCAUUGAUUUUUAAGCCCCAAAGGUCAUCACUGCUCAUUUCCAAUCAAUCCAAAUGAUUAAAAAGCUUUUUUUUGCCAAAACCGGUUUGGCUCAGUGGAUAGAGCGUCGGUCUGCGGACUGGAGGGUCCCAGGUUCGAUUCCGGUCAAGGGCAUGUACAUUGGUUGCGGGCACGUCCCCCGGUGACGGGUGUGCAGGAGGCAGCUAGUCGAUGUCUCUCUCUCAUCGAUGUUUCUAGCUUUCUAUCCCUCUCCCUUCCUCUCUGUGA